AUGAUCAAAUAUUACAUUGUUUUCUGUCUCUUUGUAUUAUGUAUCGAGUUCUGCUUCACUGAUGUCAUUGAAGAUCCAAGCGUCAAGACGGACGUGUUAAGUGAGAAGCAAAUGGAAGAGUACUCACAAAACGACGUCGUGAAUUUCAUCGAGAUGUUCGAGGAGGUUGCGCUGCGGGCGCGCAAGUCUCUCGAAGAAGAUUUGCUGCCUCUAGAGGAUUCCCUACUACUGUACGACGAAAUGACCGCGAUCGCGCAAGACAUCAUCGAUCUGAACGUAAACCCGAACAACGUCUACAAGUUCUUGUACGCCAAAGGCCUGGACAGGGUCGUUGCGCCGAAUCUGAAAAUAUCCCACGUUCCCCUCCGACGUCAACUGUUGAUACUAACCAAGCAGUUGUUCGACAUCGCGCCCAGCACCGUUAAGAAUCUCAUCCCGGUGGCCAUACUCGACGGCCUUCUAGAAAUAUUCGAGAGCGACGGCAACCUGCCCGUGAAGGCUUACGCUCUAGACGUGCUCAACCUAUGGCUGCCUGGUAGCCCGAGGAUGCAGGCGCGCGUGAUGAAGCUCAAAGGCCUGGAGCCCUUCUACCAUCAGAUCGCUAAAUUGGACGUGGCGGUCGUCCAAACGCUGCUCGAGCUCUUCAACGAGAUCCUGGACGAGCACAUCAGGGCCAGGGUCGAGGGUAGUUUAAAGAAGAAUGGGAACCUCGAGGACUUGGCGCUGUACCAGAGGAUUGGUCUCUUGGAGCGCAUGUCCACGUCUCAAGUGUGCAACGGCCUGCUGAAUGUGUUCGAAACCUCGCUGCCCGUCAUAACGGCGAGUGGUAGAAUUAUGCCGUCGAUGUUCGAACUCAUAACGAAGAUAGAGCCCUUCUGCCUGAAGAGGUACAGGGGAAAAUCCAAACCGAACAAAGUGUUCAACGAGCUGCUACAGAUACUCGAGGAUCCAAAGCGCGAAGUGGAAUUUGGAGAGCGUGGUGUCAACGUAACGCAAAUUCGAAGUGUCCUAGAGAAGUACGUUCGUGAAUUGAACCAAAACAUUGUCAAAGACGAAUUG